AUGGAUCAAUACUCAAGGAUGAAGUUCUUAGUGGACACCGGUGCAGACGUUUCAGUUCUACCAAAACUCAUGAAAGGCAAACAACCUACCCGUGCUAGGUUUACAAUUUACGCAGCCAACGGCACUAUCAUUCCCACUUAUGGAGAGCUCAAAAUGAAACUCAACCUUGAACUACGCAGAGAUUUCGUUUGGCAAUUCAUUGUAGCUGACGUCCAACAACCGAUAUUGGGUGCCGACUUUAUAAAGCAUUUUAAACUGCUUGUCGAUCUCCACAACCGCCGCCUAAUCGAUACAGAAACAAAAUUGCACGUGCUAGGUGCAAUCACAACAUGCAACACUCCAAGUUUAACAAAAAUCAGCUACGAUAACUGUUACAGGAAAAUUCUACUGGAAUUCGACGAAGUAACACGUCCAAUCAAAAGCCAGGAACCCACGCACGGCGUGCAACAUUAUAUAAUCACCAACGGACACCCUGUAGCAGAGCGAGCUAGGCGCCUUUUACCAACCCGUUAUAAGGCAGAGGAAGAGGAAUCGAAUUCCAAAACCUCAUCCAGCAGGGUAUUUGCGAGCCAUCUAGCCCAUGGGCCUCUCCGCUGCAUAUGGUGA